GAUUGCGUCCAUUCGCCCACGAAGAAAGAACGAAAGAAGAGAAAUCCGUAGCCGGAGAACUGCCAUCACGCAGCUACCGCACGUCUUCUUUCUGAUCGCUUUUAUCACCAGCUGGACUUGCUCCACUUCAACACGAUGAACGACUUCCACAAGAUUCUCGAGGAGGAUAAGGCGUACCUGGAGAAGGUCGGCAUGCGCUCGAUUCUGCAGGAGUUUGUUACGGACACGAUGGAGGAUCACCCGGCCAACGUGUACGAGUACAUGGCCGCAUGGGCGACAAAAAAGGCAGUCCAUCGGCACGCCACAAAGGAAGAAACUGUGGGGGAAGCGGGUGGCAUGUACCCAACGAAUGAGUCACCCAAUGGUGUAGCGCAUUCCAACUUUUCUGAAUCGCGCCCGGACCCGCAUCUUCGUCGUCACGAGGGUGCCUUUGACAUUGGACAUCCUGUGAAGGAAGUGCCCGCAGGGGCUGACAGCACUCCGGAGCCGAAGGUAUCCUCCAAAGUGAUUGAUGAAGUCUCAAGCGCAAUCGAGGACGCCCGAGAAUUGUAG